CAUGGCGAUAUCACAGGCAGGCAAGAUGCUGUGCUCCCUUCGCUCUUCGUUAUAUUUAUUAGUCUUCUGGGUUGCUGGAUUUAAUGCUUCGACCCUUCGUCUUCACCCGGAGCAGCGUUACAUGCUGCCGCAAAACAGAGGAUUUUUCACAAUAGAAGCAAAUGAGGAUUUACGGUGGGGAGGUGGAGGAGACGCCGCGGCUCCAGAGCAGUCUCUGGCCGCUCGCAGCGUCGCUGAAGGCGGGUUGGACUCCGGCGCCCUCCCGCUGCAGCGAAGCCGCCGGAGCACUGGGGAAUCGACCAUGCCAAAGGUGUACGGCCAGGCCAACCUGAACGACUCUCACAACCAGAUGGUGGUCCACUGGGCUGGAGAAAAGAGCAAUGUGAUCGUAGCUUUGGCCCGAGACAGCGCAGGAGCCACCGGGCCCAAAACCAGCUCGGUUUAUGUGUCAUAUGACUACGGGACCACCUUCACGCUUGUUUCAGAGAAGUUCCAGCUCUUAGGGGUCAAGUUUAAAGAAGGAGCCAAGCAGGUCAUCUCCCAGUUCUACCACAGUCCUGCAGAUAACAGACGGUACCUUUUUGUGGACUCAACCAACAACUACCUGUGGAACACCUUUGACUUUUGCAAGAGCGUGCAGGGCUUUCCUCUGCCCUUCAAACCCACAGACCUGCUGCUCCACAACAGAAGAUCCAGCCUGGUGCUUGGCUACGAUGGCUCGCACCCAAACAAGCAGCUGUGGAAAUCAGACGACUUUGGGGAGACGUGGGUUUUGAUUCAAGAGCAUGUGAAGACCUACUUUUGGGGUGUGGAGCCCUAUGACCCCCCCACCACCGUGCUGGUUCAGAGACACGAGCCUCAGGGUGUCUCCACCAUUCUCAGCAGCACUGACUUCUUCCAGAGUGAACUGAACCGCCGGGUGAUCCUGGAGCAGGUGGACAGCUUCCAGCUCAGAGAGAAGUACAUGUUUGCCACCACCACACGGAAACUGUUUGGCAGUCAUGAACCUUCCUCUGUUCAGCUGUGGGUCUCCUACAACCGCCAACCAAUGAAAGCUGCCCAGUUCCAGACGCGUCAUCCAAUCACAGAGUACUACAUAGCAGAUGCUUCAGAGGACCAGGUGUUUGUGUGUGUGAACCACCUGAACAACGUCACACACCUUUACAUCUCAGACACACAGGGCCUGUCCUUCUCUCUGUCACUGGAGAAUGUGCUGUACUACAGUCCUGAAGGCUCUGGCAGCAACACAUUGAUAAGGUACUUUGCCAAUGAGCCUUUUGCAGAUCUUCACCGAGUGGAAGGCCUACGAGGAGUCUUCAUCGCCACGCUCAUCAAUGGCUCGGUCAGUGAGGACAACAUGAGAUCAGUCAUCACAUUUGACAAAGGAGGCACGUGGGAGCUGCUGCAGCCCCCUGCUGCAGACAGUCUGGGAGGAACUCUGGACUGUCAGCUGAGUAAAGGUUGCUCUCUGCACCUGGCACAGCGCUGGAGCCAGCUGUUCAACAUCCAGCUGAGGAGGAUGCCCAUUUUAUCCAAAGACUCUGCACCGGGACUCAUCAUGGCUACAGGAUCUGUAGGCAGGAACUUGGCCAACAAGCCCAAUGUGUACGUAUCCAGCAGCGCCGGAGCCCGCUGGAAGGAGGCUCUGGCUGGGCCUCACUUCUACACAUGGGGAGACCAUGGUGGCAUCCUGAUGGCCAUCGCACAAGGAGGAGCCACUACACACCUCAAGUUCAGCACUAAUGAAGGUGAGACGUGGACAGACUUCAAGUUCUCAGACAGGGAGGUGUUUGUGUACCAGCUGCUGACUGAGCCUGGGGAGAAGAGCACCAUCUUUACCAUCUUUGGCUCCUACGCCGACCAGAGACACAGCUGGCUCAUCCUGCAGGUCAACACCUCCGACGUGCUGGGUGUGCCAUGUUCUGAGGCUGACUACAAGCGCUGGUCUCCAUCAGACGAGCAUGGCAAUGAGUGUCUGCUGGGCAGAGAGAUAACGUUUAAGAGACGAGCUCCUCAUGCUACUUGUUUUAAUGGAGAAGACUUUGACCGGCCCGUUACCAUCUCCAACUGCUCCUGUACAAGACAGGACUACGAAUGUGACUACGGCUUCAAGCUGAGUGAAGACUUGUCUCUGCAGGUGUGUGUUCCUGACCCCGAGUUUGUUGGUGACCUCUACGCUCCUCCUGUGCCGUGUCCUGUCGGCACCACGUACCGCCGCAGCAAAGGCUAUAGGAAGGUACCAGGCGACAGCUGCAGUGGAGGCGACGUGGAGUCCAGACUGGAUGGAGAGAUGCUGCCCUGUCCUGUUGGAGAGAGUAACGAGUUCAUCCUGUAUGCGGUGAGGAAUGCAAUCCGGCGACACGACCUGGCCACAGGAGAUGACGAGCCCCUACCUGUGAUCGGACUGAGAGAGGCCGUGGCUCUGGACUUUGACUAUGACAGAAACUGCCUGUACUGGGCUGAUAUCUCUCUGGACACCAUUCAGCGUCUGUGUCUGAAUGGCAGCACAGGCCAGGAGAUUGUUGUCAGAAAGGACCUGCAGAAUGUGGAAGCUCUUACCUUUGAUCCCAUCAGCAGACUGCUGUACUGGGUGGAUGCUGGAGCACAGAAGAUUGAGGUGUCUAACCCUGACGGCGACCUGCGUCACACUCUGCUCAACUCGUCCAUCCUAGAGCAUCCAAGAGCCUUAGUUCUGCUGCCUGGAGAAAGUCUGAUGUUCUGGACUGACUGGGGAGACAGAGCUGCUGGUGUUUACCGGAGCUACAUGGAUGGAUCCAACGUGUCUUGCAUAGUGUCUGAAGGUGUCCGCUGGCCCAACGGGAUCACAGCUGAUGACCACUGGCUGUACUGGACUGAAGCUUACAGCGAUCGCAUCGAAAGGGCUGACUUCAUGGGGGGUCAGCGGAGUGUUCUUAUGGAGGGGCUACCCCAUCCAUAUGCCAUCGCUGUCUUCAAAAAUGACCUCUACUGGGAUGACUGGUCCAGAAUGGGCAUCUUCAAAGCUCCCAAAGCAGGUUCCCAGAGCAAUGAACUGAUCGUUGGCAGACUGACUGGAGUCAUGGACCUCAAGAUCUUCUACAAAGGGAAAAAUAGAGGUCAUAAUGCCUGUGCUGACCAGCCAUGCAGUCUAUUAUGUCUGCCUCAGCCCGGCCAUCGACACACCUGUGUCUGCCCAGAUGGCGCCCCAACUUUGACCAUGCCCAACGGAGAGCUGCAGUGCCAGUGUCCUUCCGGCUACCAGCUCCAGAACAACACCUGUGUAAAGACUGAGCACAGCUGUUUGCCCAACCAGUACCGCUGCUCUAACGGCCGCUGCAUCAGCAGCAUCUGGAAGUGUGACAGCGACAACGACUGUGGAGACAUGAGUGAUGAACAAGAGUGUCCAACCACCACCUGUGACCCAUCAAACCAGUUCCGCUGCAUGGCCUCAGGUUCCUGCAUUCCUUUGGCUUUCAAGUGUGACCUUGAAGACGACUGUGGAGAUAACAGCGAUGAAGAGCACUGUGAGUCUCACCAGUGUGGCCCAGGAGAGUUCACAUGUGCACGAGGUGUUUGUAUCCGUGAGGCGUGGCGUUGUGAUGGAGACAAUGACUGCAGAGACUGGUCUGAUGAGGCCAACUGUACAGUGGGUCACCAUACAUGUGAGGCCAGCAGCUUCCAGUGCCACACAGGUCACUGUAUACCACAGCGCUGGGUGUGUGACGGUGAUGACGAUUGCCAGGAUGACUCUGAUGAAGAUCCCCGACAUUGUGAGGGAACUCGGUGUAACGGCUUCCUCUGCUCCAAUCACACCUGCCUUCCUGCCACCGCUCACUGCAAUGGCAUCCAGGACUGUCCAGAUGGCGCUGACGAGCACAAUUGUGACCCCCUGUGCACUCGCUACAUGGAGUUUGUGUGUAAGAACCGAGCCCAGUGUCUGUUUCAGUCUCUGGUUUGUGACGGGAUCAAACACUGUGAAGAUGGAUCCGAUGAGGAUGCAGAGUAUGCUGGAUGUGCCACGCCUUCUGAGUUUGGCAAAGUGUGUGACUCCUACACCUUCCAGUGCGCUAACGGUGUGUGUGUGAGCCUGGAGUGGAAGUGUGACGGCAUGGACGACUGUGGGGAUUACUCUGAUGAAGCCAACUGUGCUGCUCCCACUGAGGUCCCCGGCUGCUCCCGGUAUUUCCAGUACGAGUGCAAAAAUGGACGCUGUAUUCCAACAUGGUGGAAAUGUGACGGAGAGAACGACUGUGGGGACUGGUCAGAUGAGGCCCAGUGUACAGGUGGUGUUACUCCUCACACUGUGUCUCCUGGUCCCUCUACGUGUGCCCCAAACCGUUUCCACUGUGGCUCUGGAGCCUGCAUCAUCAACACCUGGGUAUGUGACGGCUACGCUGACUGUCCUGAUGGCAGCGACGAGUUGGGAUGUCCCACAGGUAUUAGUUCUGCAACAAACGCUCCAGUACCGACUCAGCCACCUCCUCCUCCACCCUCCCCUGGUCGGUGCAGUCAGGGUCAGUUCCAGUGUCACCGACCCGCCCUCUGCAUCCCUGACUGGCAGCGCUGUGACGGUCAGACCAACUGUCAGGACGGCUCUGAUGAAGCACACUGCCCCACUCGUGGUCCUCUGUUUUGCAUUAAUGGGACACGCUGCUCUGAUGGAGAGACCUGCGUUCUGGACAGUGAGAGGUGUGACGGCUUCCUGGACUGCUCUGACCACAGCGAUGAGGAUAACUGCACCCUGGAUAAUCUGGCCUAUAAAGUCCAGAAUCUCCAGUGGACUCGAGACUUCCUGGGCGCCAUCACCCUGACCUGGUCUCGCCCCAAAAGCCUUCCUCUGGACUCCUGUUACUACCUUAUUUACUACAGGCUGGUGGGCACCCAGCAGUGGACCAUCAUGGACACUCACAGCAACAAGACAAGCUACCAGCUGACAGUGCUGAAACCCGACACCACCUACCAGGUCAAAGUGCUCACCCAGUGUCUCAGCAAGCUGCACAAGACCAAUGAGAUGAUCACAGUCAGGACGCCAGAGGGAUUGCCAGAUCCACCAAGAAACCUACAGCUGUCCUGUGAUAAUGCUGAGGAUGGGAAGGUGCAAAUUUCCUGGAGCCCUCCGGACAAAGGUCACGGCCUCAUCAGAGAGUACAUUCUUGAGUAUAGUGAGCGAGGAGGUCUUGAAUGGACAUCACAGAGGUGUACCACCACCAACACUGAAGUUACAGAGCUGCAGCCGGACACUUUGUACAGGUUCAGGGUGGCAGCAGUGACGAGUCGAGGAGUAGGAAACUGGAGCGAAGUGAAAUCCAUCACACCUAAGAAAGCUCUACCUCUCCCCUCUGUGAUCGCUGACACCAUCACUGCAGACUCUCUGAGCUUUUCAUUCAGCUUUAACCCUCAGUACGAGGUGAAACACUACGUCGUGAUUCUGUCCUGGCAGUUUGACUCCCAUGUCAAGGAGAGCAAGAACUACACGGUCACUGAGAGGAUCCUCAAAGCUACAAACCUGACAGCAGGGACGGUGUAUGAGGCGGCCGUGUGGGCUCACACUAGUGUAGGAGAUAGUCCCACCACUCUGUCCCAACACCAGACAAGUGGUACGCAGCCAGAACGACCCCUCUUCAAAGCCAGGGCCCUCAACCAGACAGCUGUGGACUGCAGCUGGAACAUGAAUGGACCCCCUUCUCAGGUGUACGGUGUAUUUUACGCCACCUCCUUCCUGGAUCUGUACCGCAGUCCUCGUCAGCUCAGCACCUCAUCUCUCAGUCUGACUGUCAAUGUGGAAAGUGAUGAACAGUAUCUGUUCCUGGUGCGUGUUGUCUCUCCUUUCCUGGGUCCUCCAUCUGACUAUGCUGUGGUGAAAAUGAUCCCCAAUGAGAGGCUGCCCCCCAGAAACCUGCAUAGAGUCAGAGUCGACAAGACACAGGUCACACUGAAGUGGCAGCCGCCGUAUGAUGCCCCAAACGUGCCACUGACAUACGCAGUCCAUGUACGGGACGUCAUCCGUAAGACGGAGCGUGACUACAAGCUGACCACCCAGAACAACACAGUGGAGUAUCUACUGAAAGGCCUGGAGCCUGGAGGACGAUACAGUAUCUCUGUCCGCCUGAGAAACAUGACCAAGGAGGCCAGCUUCACUCUCAGCACAGUCCCUCUUACAGCUCCUGAGGCUCUGAAGAUUUUGACAGAAAAAGACCAUGUGUUCCUGUUCUGGAAGAGCCUGGCUGUCAAGGAAAAGGGCUUCAACGAAAGCAGGGGGUAUGAAGUGCACGUUUACGACAGUGUGACCAACCAGACGUCGUACCUGGGAAACACCACGGAGACGUAUUUUAGAAUCAACAGCUUGUUGCUUGGUCACAACUACACCUUCUCAGUGCAGGCGCGCUGUCUGCUCAGUGGUCAGCUGUGUGGAGAACCUGCUCUCCUUCUAUAUAAUCAGCUGGCUGCAGGUGCAAGUGACAGCUCCCGUGCUGAUAGCCGCUCAGGUGACAUGGCGGCUGUGGUGGUCCCGGUUCUUUUCCUGCUGUUGCUGGUAGUAUGUGGUGGCUUGGUUGCGCUCUACCUCAGACAUCGCAGGCUGCAGAACAACUUCACCGCCUUUGCAAACUCGCAUUACAACUCCCGCCUGGGCUCGGCCAUCUUCUCCUCUGGGGAUGAACUGGGUGAUGAUGAUGAAGAUGCUCCAAUGAUAAGCGGCUUCUCAGACGACGUUCCCAUGGUCAUCGCGUAGCACCACAUCCCUCCAUUAAUUAUUUCUCUCUUUCCUUCUCCCCUUCUCUUCUUCCUCCCCUUUCACUCCCUCCUUCUUAUCCCCAUCAACGGCGUGUUACAAAGAGGAAACCAGUGAAAAACUUUGCCGCCAUCCCAUCGAUAGGAACCCACUCUCGAUUAGCAGGAAAACAUGAAGAAAAAUGGAAAAGUGUAAAGAGGGAAAGAGAUAUUUUUCAAAUAUACAAUGCACUUUUUUUGGAUGCGCAAUAACUUAUUUUUUAUAAUGUUAAAUAUAUAAAUAUAUAUAUGGGGUCAUUGAGGACUGUCAGGAAGAGGCGGACACUGAAGAAACUGUGAAGGAUUUGAGUUUGUGGAGCUUGCCCAGGGAAAGAGAGACCCUAUUUGUAAUGCAAACUCACCACCCAUAGGAGCGGUUCAUUGCUCAAAGCCAAAAUCAGCAUCCAGAGACUGUAAUAUAGAAUGCAAAAAACAUACACUUUGACAACAAAAAAAAGAUGUUGGACAAAUGUUGAAAACUAUAUGUACUAAAAAGAAAAUGGAAAAGUAUCAGUUACAUAUUCUGUCAAUAGUACAUCGUGUACUAUAGCAGUAUGUAACGUCAGUGUCCAUUAAGGAGUUUGAUUAGUUAAAGAGAGAUUCUGUCUUUUUCUUGUAUCCUGGGUAGUGUCUUACAUGUUUGAGGGUCAAAAUAAUUAAUUGAUACACAACUUCUUUGAGCUGCAAGAGUAGAUUACUUCAGCUUGAAACAGGCUGUGGUGGCUAGUUCUUAUUUCUCUUCUCAGAGGUACAGGGAGUUUUAUUUUAUCAGUGGAGUUCAGUGGCUUUAAAGAAAGCAAUAUAAUGUCUGUUUCUGUUUAAAAUGCUAAUUUUACAGUCAAGGAAAUUUUGAUCUCAAUAAGAAUCCUUUCUUUUAUGUAAUCAGAUACUGAGAAUUCCAAUCCAAGCAUCGUAAAGCCUUUAAAGUCCCUGUAAAAUGAACUUCAAAUGUGUGUUUUAGCACACUAGAUAUGUUGGAAUAAGGUUGCUUUAAAUUGUACAAACACAGAUCUAAAUGUGACUAAAUUUAGGACUAAGACCAUUAUAAAGUUGCCUUCAUUUAAAAAUAACAGUUGGUUAAAUGCUGUAUUUUUGUUCAUUGUGAGGUAAAUUCAGGCAAAAUCUAUCAGCCACAUUGGUCUAUGGAUCGCACAUUUUGCUGCUCUGGCACUGAACCAGGCGACUGUGCAUUGGCUAUAGUUCACCAUAAGGUCAGGGAGCAGGCUAAUUGCAAGAGUGCUCUUCUACUUUUCACUUAAGCCAGGCCCAGCAGGAACAGACAUCUCACCUGCUGAAGAUGUGUUCUCCAUAUUUAACUUGUCUUUAGUUCUGGAUGAUUAAAAGAAGCAAACUGUGGCUUUGUCUCUCAAAGCAGCAACACUUCGAUCACUCCUGUCUUUUAGCGUUGCAUUGCUAAAGUUAAGUAAAGUAUCUGUUGAGAGAGAUGUUUUUCUGAAGUUUGGCCUGGUGGUUUAUAACACAGUUGCCUGUCAUACAAUAAACCUAAAUUACAGAUUUUUUUUUUAAUCACUUUACAGGGACUUUAAUAUGUGUUAUUUUUCAGCCAUCAGAGCCUGCUUUACAGCUGCUGGCUAGAGCAAUUCAAAAACCUUUGGUACCUUUUACUUAUUCACACCUCAAAAUGAAUAAAAAUCAAAAGACCCAGUUUUAAAAUGCAGAACCUCCCCUUUAACUGUGGAUAAUUUUAAAUCAUUCACAUCUUUUAAAUCGUCUAUUUGAAUCAUCACCAGUUUAAAAAACUGCUGAUAAAUGUAAAUGCAUCAGCGUCUAUUGACACCAAACAGCUCAGUGACUGGUUCGACCAGUGGCACCAUGUAGUGUCGUCAUCGAUACACCUUUAUUUUCUCACCACCAGCACACUGUUGUAUGUCUGUAUGUAGAGGAAAAUACACGUACCAUGAUAAGAGAAUAAUCAUGGCUUUUAAGAUGGGGAAGACUCCCAUCAGAAAUAUCUGUAAAUAUUGGCUUUUAAUAUGUCCUCUCCUUGUUAUGCUGCACCAUUAUUUUCUGUUUCUUUUUUUUUUCUAAUAGUUCAGGAUCACACAUCUUUGUCCCCAGCGUUUUGCCAUAGCUGUAGUCGUAGAUGAAGUGGGUUCUCAGGGAACUGUUCAGCAGCACCAUCAGCACCAUGGCUCAGGCAGCACUGUCCAUCCACUGCUGAAGAGAUACAGAAAAUAAAAGUAGUGGGUGGAAUGACUGGCAGAUGCAGAACUUUUUCAGGAGAUGGUUAAGAUUUAGGAUUUAGAUACAACUUAAAGGCUUAAUUUAAACAAAAUCACUCAAAAAACAUGUUGUAGUUGAUCUGUAUUGAAUUCAAUUUUUUUUCCAGAAACAUGAUGGUUCUUACAAAAACACUCAGGUUCAGUUGGAGUUAGUAGGGAUGUUCCAGGGCAAACAAUUUCAUUUGCAGUUACCAUAAAUUACAGUUGCGUUUUGCUGACUAGUAGAAGUCAAUAAAACACAUUCUGUAAACCAGCUUCACAUUGUAAGUGUGUGUAUAGCUAAUGUAAGCUGUUAGCUUGUAACAGUUUUAAAUUCUCAUGGUCCAAUAAUACCUCAGAAACAAGUCCAUGGUAUGGUAUUUAUUGUGGUAUCAAAUAAACACAAAAAAACAACAAAUGAAGACUUGAAAAAAUGGCAUCUGCAUUUAUUAAACAACAGUUGUGCUUUGAAUAUUAAAAUUUGUGCAAAACAGUGCUGUAGGGGUGCACAAGGCUUAACAUAUAUACGUAUUUUAUGGCUCCUGCAUGUUUUCUGACCGCCUAAAACCUUCGUUGUCCACCAAAAUCACUGGAGUCUCAACAACCUCAAAAAUGUUGUCGCUAGGUUCUCAUUUGCCACUCGAAGCAUCCAUUUUUGAUUAAAAGAUGCAAACUGUGGUUUAGUAAAAUGAUAAUUUGCCAGGUGGCUCCUUAUGUUUCUUGUAUUCCCCAACAAGUGUGUCACCACAGUCUGGUAGUGUCUUUGUCUCCAGAAUCUUAACAACUUUGUCACUAGGUUCUCAUUCGCCACUUGUAGCCUCCACCAUUUUUGCACUGCUACAUCAAGCCAGGAUGAUGAGCAUGGGCUGAUGGGAACUGUAGUUCCUGCUUAACCUUUGCUCUGCUCCACUAAAAAAAUUCUUUCAGCAGUUUUAGCACCACCUGCCUUAGAUUCUUUGUGCAGGUUAAUGUACACUCCUGUACCGAAUAUCGUCACUCGUUAUGUGCGAGUAUGACCUGACAUAGCCCCUGAUCGUUAUUCCUAUUUUCCAGAUCAAAAUAGCGCUAAACAGUACUGUUCCUGUGAGGCGCUAUCAAUGCUAUCUGUUCUCUGUUGUUUUCAUUGGAUUAAAGAGUAUUACAGCAGCAUGGCAGUGGUCACUGAGACCAGCUACAGGGGCUACUAGUGGCAGGGGACAGCAUUAUAGUUUAGAUCGAGUUUUAGACUGGGAUUAUACCCUGAACUGAUAAAAUAUUAAUUUUACUAACUUGUAAUUCAAGAGAUCAGAAUUUUACCAUUUUGCUGGCAAAUUACACACAUCCCUAGGAGUUACUUUAACCUUGUGACAACAGAUAGUCAAAGAAGUAGGUGAGGUUGGUGACUUAAAAAAAAAAAACAGAAGGGGGGCAGAAAUUGCAUCCAUAAGUAUACAGAAGUAAGUUUUGUAGGCACAGCCUUUAAGGUAGCUCAGUUAGAUGCGGGUACAGACUACUGAAUCUUUGGUACUAAACAAAUAAAGAUUGCCUUUGAAGUCAUACGGUUAAUUCAACUCAAUGAAAGCCACAGAUUUUUGUUUUUUUAAUGAAUGUAAUUUGGUCUAAAUUUUAGCUUAAUUAAUUUGUGACCAGGCUCUAUAAAGGACUGUUUCUGGAAAAAUCAUUCUUUUAUUCUGUCAGUGUCAAAAUGCAGGGCUAGACACGCCUAAAUGUACGAUAAGUGACUAAAUAUGUAUCUUGAAUUUGUUUUUGUAUUCUUUUUUGAAUUCGAAGUAAAAUUAUUUCAGUCUUGCUUAGCAGGAGAACAAGAAUAAUAACAUAUACAUACAGAAUCUUUACUGUUGCAAAUCUAUAAACAGAACAUAAAUUGCUAUCCAUUGUUUGGUACUUCUGCCUCUCAGCUUGAGCCAUUUGAACUGAUGGUGUUCUGCUUUCUAUUGACCUUGUUCUUUGUUUUGUUUGUAAAAAUGUCUUCAUGAAUGUAUUUUAUAUCUGUACUUUUUAUGGUACUGUCCCAGCUCAUUAUGCUACCAUCACCACCUGUGAAUCAUUGCACACGCUCUGCUUUUUUUCACCCUUUUUUCUUGUUUCUCUGUGGGCUGGCUUCUGCAGACAAAUCUCAGCUGUUACAACCCAAACCCACUUUACCCAUCUAGAGCAACAAACUAUUUUUGUCAGUCAGAUUUUUUUUGUACAUCAGUUUUCUUUGCCAGAUCAUUCAACAGUGUCUAUACAGGUUUCUUUAAGCUUGAUGUUACGCAGCUUCUUAUUUUGUACUUUGUUCUGUUUUCUUGCCUUAAAACAUUUUCUGGCAUUAAUGCUGUUUUUUGCUCUGUGGGGUUUCUGAUUUUCUGUUUUGCCACAUAAUGCCUUAUCAAGAUACAUUGGGUUUCUAUGUGAUGAAACGUUUGUAGAGCUGCAACUAAUCAUCAUCAGUUGAUGUGCCAAUAAUUUUUAUGAUCGAUGGAGUGGAAUUAGUCUAUUCAAAGUAAAACAUGUUUCUAACCAUUAAUGCAAUUUUCUAAAGUCCUAAGUUAUGCUUUUAGAAUAAUUCUUUUGUCAAAUCACUGGUCAAAACUGUAGAAAGACCACAUUAAUGCUCAAAAAAGCAGAAGUUGGAACACUUACCCAAUCAGUGAAUUAAUAUAAAGCUAUAAAUAUUGUAGAAGAUUUGUUUUCUUUGAACCAAUCCAGAGAAAAUCGUUGCAGCUCUGUUUGUAUAAUAGUACUUAAGUGCACACGCAUGCAUACACGCACACAAACACACUCAGCCUGCACACACGGCUCAGGAGGCUGAGGAGGACGUUACUUUUAGGGCAUUUGGUUGAUUUUGUCAGAUCACUGCACUUUUCUGCAAGUCUCUUUUUAGUCAGGUUUUACACAUGUACAGAGUUUAAUCAUUGGUUCUUAAAUUUUACUCCCCACUCGUCUUAAUGUGACAACUCUAAAUGUCAAAUAGUUUGCUUCAAAAAUGUCGUCGGGCACACAGUUUGAUCAUGUUGAACUUGGCCAUGUUUGAGGAUGUUUAUGUCUUGCUUGCUUAUCUCAGAGGUUGCAGGAACAAUGUGAUGUUUGGAGAAACAGUGUGAGGUGUUUUAAAAACCACUUAUACUGAAAUAAAGUUGCUG